AUGCUAAUGAGGAACUGCAGCAUCUCGCUGCUCUUGGGACGUGACGGCGGAUAUCCUCCCGUCGCCUCGAACUGCCGUCGUGCCGCUCCCGCCUCGGCACGCCUGCGCCUGGCAGCCGGGCCUGCGCUGGUGCAGGGGCCGGGGGUCUCGUGGAUCCAUCCGGACGGGGUGGGCGUGCAGAUCGACACCAUCACCCCCGAGAUCCGCGCCCUCUACAACGUGCUGGCCAAGGUGAAGCGGGAGCGUGACGAAUACAAGCGCAGGUGGGAAGAGGAGUACACAUUUCGUGUCCAGCUUCAGGACCGAGUCACAGAGCUGCAGGAGGAAGCCCAGGAGGCUGAAGCAUGCCAGGAGGAACUGGCCAUGAAGGUGGAACAACUCAAGGCAGAGCUUGUUGUCUUCAAGGGACUGAUGAGUAAUAACAUCACAGAGCUGGACACCAAGAUCCAGGAGAAGGCCAUGAAGGUGGACAUGGACAUCUGCCGGCGCAUUGAUAUCACUGCCAAGCUAUGUGAUGUGGCACAGCAGCGGAACUGCGAGGACAUGAUCAAGAUGUUUCAGGUCCCAGCCUCGAUGGGGCGGAAGCGGGAGCGGAAGCAGGUCAGCGAUGAAGAUACUUCACUGUCAGAGAGCGAUGCCUCCAGAAAGCCUGAUGAGGAAGAAGAGGACGAGACCACAGCCAUGAGUAUCAAUGAGGAAAUGCAGAGGAUGCUGAACCAGCUGAGGGAAUAUGAUUUUGAAGAUGACUGUGACAGCCUCACGUGGGAGGAAACAGAAGAGACACUGCUCCUCUGGGAAGAUUUCUCUGGAUAUGCCAUUGCAGCUGCAGAGGUGCAGGGGGAGCAGCAAGAUGACAGCCUGGAGAAGGUGAUCAAAGACACAGAGUCGUUGUUCAAGAGUCGUGAGAAGGAGUACCAGGAAACCAUCGACCAAAUAGAGCUGGAGCUGGCCACGGCCAAGAAUGAUAUGAACCGGCACCUGCACGAGUACAUGGAGAUGUGCAGCAUGAAACGAGGUCUGGAUGUGCAGAUGGAGACUUGCCGGCGGCUCAUCACCCAGUCUGGGGACAGGAAGUCUCCUGCCUUCACCCCAGCCUCCACCAGUGAGUCAGCCCCCAAUGAGGAGAGUGAGGAGUCGGAUCGUGACCCCCCCAGUGAUGCUUCCAUCAGAUAAUGAGGGGAUGCCCUGUUCCCUCAGCCCCCCACUCCUGGCUGAGAGGUGUCUGAGCUGCGGCUGGGAGAGACUGUCAGGGACAUGGAGCCGCUGGUAAACAUUUGUUGCCCAGGCCCACCCCCACCUUGGGGCAUCUGGCAGAUCCCCUGCUACCAGUGUCUUGCAAAUGGCUAGGUAAACCUGUCCAGGCUGCUCACCUCCAGCCCCUUCUCUGUUCCUCUCCCCUGCUUUGGUUUAACCAUGGUUCAGGCAGGAUGGUCUCAAACUAGCCACAGCAGUGUUCUCCAGGGGCUGUUCCUAGGUCCUCCAAACACACCUCCUCCAGACUCUGUCCUGGCAUAUCCGACCUGCCCCUGACCCUCCUCGCGCCAUGCAGAAGCUGAACUCGAGUUGUACCUCCCUGCAAACUGGACCUGACCCUGGUGCCAACUGGACCGAGUUUGGGGCACUGGGGUGGCCCUGGAGCUGUGCCAGGCCCCACCACUCUCCCCUCCUUCAGAGCAGGGACCAAGUCCCGCUCACCAUGCACUUUGCUUUGCUGCGCGUCAGCAGCACAUUUGUUACGGAGACCAGGAAUCAUUAAACGGACAGAUGCCUUUUCUACAGCUCCUACAGGCGUGGGCUCUCAUUGGGCUGCAGCAGGUGAUGGCCUAUACUGCUGGAAGCAGGGCUCCAUUGCCCAUCCCCACACCAGGCCCGCUUCAGCGUGGCCUUCCUAGGGUGCUCCAUCCCUCAGAAGGUGCUGGUGAUGAGAUCCCUCUUCUGGCAGCUACAAGCCUUCAAAGGGCUGCAUGUAAUGCUGGUACUGCGUGGGCCAAGCUCCGGGCUAAAAAUAAAUGUGAACCCAAUUGUUUUAUCUGCA